AUGCAAAACCAAGUUGUUUUCAACCAACUCGGCGGUGCCUUCGUCCAUGGUCGCCCCCUCGAUCUGGAAACACGCGAGAAGAUCGUCCAAAUGUCUCAAAUGGGAAUCCGCCGCUGCGUUAUUUCUCGUGAUCUGCGCGUUUCUAUCGGCUCCGUUAGAAAUAUUCUCUCCCGCUUCAACAAAACUGGCCAAAUCAAGCCUGGCGAGAAGAGAAGAUCCAAUGUCAGCAAGGAGCACGAAUACCUGAUCGUCGAGUACCGCAAGCAAUUUGCCUGUGCCUGGGAAAUACGAGAAGAAAUGUUCAAAGAAGGCUUCCAGAAAGUCCCUUCCGUCGAUCAAAUCAAACGAGUGCUCCGCAAAAAAGGCUGCCCAGAAGAAGGCGACACCACCGACCCCGCUUCCGAUCUCGAUCUUUCCCCACCAACCAAGCCUCGUCGAGCUCCAACCAAAUUCACUCAAGCUCAAGUCGACGCUUUCGAAGGCGCCUUUCUCAAAACCCACUAUCCUGAUGCCUGCGUCCGCGAAGAACUCUCGGUCCUCACCGGCAUAGAUAUGAGUCGCAUUCUAAACUGGUUCAAACACCGACGACGUCGCUACCGAAAAGAAUGCCCCGCACAGCAAGUCUCAAAUCAGCCGAUUCAAACUGCACCCUGCCCUUCAAAUGCUCCAGCGGUUCCAACAAUGGUGCCUUCUCCUCCUCCAAUGGCCGAUUCUCCACCAACCUCUUGGCUUCAAGAAUUUAUCGCUGAAACGAUCGGUCCUCAACAAUAUUUUGACGUCCAGGAAGUCCACCAGCAAGGCAACUCUUCCGGCGGAAACAGCCCCAAUGAAUCUGGCUGCUACUAUCCACCAGCUUCCGCUCCCGUUCCCGAAGCAGCCCAAGAGCAAAUCUACAGCGCUCCAAUCAAUCCACCAUUCGAUUUUUUCAGCCCCGAAGACACCUUCCAGCAAUACUUUACGCUAUAA